CCGCGCUGAACAAGGUGUCGUGCUGCGCUGCCUCUCUUUAACUUCUGUGUGUGCGAACCGGCACAUCUUUUGGAUGCAUUUGCCUAUUCGGCGAGCCUGCACAGGUCGUAGAGUGCGAUUCGGGGAGCAACCUUGGAUUUUAUCUCGAAGUGGUUUUUCAAUUUACUUCGAUGUGACCCAUCGCUGAUUUGCAACACAAAAAAAAGAACACACAUUUAUUUAACUGUCUUAACAGAACCUUCUGGAGUUUUCGUUUUGGAGAUUCACCGAAAUCGAAACCACCCCACCUGUGGAACAGUCCUGUCACUAACUUAGUACCCGCGACGCGUAAUAAUUGAUCCACCGUACUUGAUAAAUAAUAUUGGAAACUUGACUUGUUCGUUUGUGCUCUAUAGGAUUUCUUGGAGUUGUUUAAAACAUCCAAUAACUCUCCGUAUCAUAAACCUUUCGGACAAAGAUACCCAUUAUUGGAUAAAAGAAGAUUUUGGAAACAAAUUGGAAUAUAUUUUGUGAGGAUUUUUGUGCUAAAACUUGUUUUAACAAAAUUUUAACAUUGGAUUAACGACAUCCAGCUAUAGCAGAAUGAAGAGAAAAUAACAAUUCACAUCAGCGGCAGUAUUCGAAAAAAGAGAAUUUUAUCGCUUUUCAACUUGUCAUUUAAGCUUAUCAUCAGAUGUUGACAAUUCGCACUGCAGGUCAUUCGCUCGUGUUGGCGAUGAUCCAUUAAAGCAGGUAAAAGGAAUACCCGAGAAGAGAUGGUCUGCUUCUCUCUUUGUACCAGAUGUACGCCAUCUUCGAGGAAGUCAUUGGGCCACAGCCUCCGGUCUCUUUCCCAAACACAAAAGCAUCCCAUCAACACACAGAAGACGAAGGUCAGGAUAUCGUCUUGACCACGACGGAGCAGGAUCCAGAAGUGAGUCCCGAUCACUCCGAAGUCUCAUCCCAUUAUGCCUCAUCCAAAUCUCGCCCUAAGCGCUCACCCAUCAAACAGAGAAUUUAUGGAUCGCAGUCAAGUUAUCCAAACAGGCAUUCAUCUACCCUUCCACGAAGCAACAGAAGACGACUGUAUUCUGCAUCAACAAGUGACUCUAACGAUAUUGAUGAUACGGCGUCAAUAUCAUCGUCAAAUCCUCUCUUGGAUACCAUCAGUGUCCUAGCUUACGAUCCACCAGAUGAUUCAGAUGACUAUUACGAUUUACAUGAUGAUGAGUUCGAUCAGUGCAAAAGAGAAAAGACUAGUAAAUCGUCUUCUGGGCCUCCAGAGGGCGAUCGGGACUCUAUUGGAUACGCAGGCUCCAGUUCUAUAGAUAGUGGUUACAAGAGCUUUUGCCCAACUCCGGAAAUUCCAGAUUCGUCCAUAUACGGACCAGAUGCUAGUAGACAUUCCGGAUAUUAUGCAGAUGGAUCAUCUGCUACUCAGGGUCGAAACAGUAAGCCGAGAAUCAUGAUGGGCACGAAAGUCAUAAGCCGCCAAGGUUAUGUGUCCCCUUUAAGGGAGUCCCCAGGCUCCAGAAGGUCAGAUUCGAGUCUUUACGACGUCAAUCUCGAUCACCUCAUGUAUCUUCGGCAAUCGCUGCUUAGUGCCAUUCAGAAGUGUGAGUUUUCGAAAUCCAGUUCAGUUUCAAGUGCUGAACCAAACAGAACUGAUACAAGUCAUACCUCAGAAAAAUGCGGUAGUUCUAAUCCGGUGAACGACGAACGUUAUUUGGAUCACUCUCCAUCUAAAUCCAACCAACCAAGCUAUACCAAAACUGUUCGAUUUAACACAGAUGUGAAAGUGACAACUGUCAAUCCUUCCCAGCCAACCAAUGAAGGUUCGGAUAUCAAUCUGUGCCGGACUUCUGAUUCUGUCUCUGCAGAACAAAGUGGACAGAAAAUACAGUCAAAAUCGAUCCUCAAGGACCCGCUUUGCGCGAACUUACGGUCACAGUUAGAAGCUGGAUCCGGAGACUGUACGCUGGAGGAAGAAAUUGAUUCUUUGUUAUACGGAAGAGCUGAAUUUUAUGAUCUUGAAAGUGUAGAUGAUUUUCCAUGUAGCUAUGUAACGAUGAUAGAAGAGAAAUAUAGAAGCGGUAAAACAAGCAUUGCCAAAGUUAGAAAAUUGAAAGGAGAAAAAUCUCAGGAACAAUCGUCCAAAUCUGCAUCUUCUGUCCCAGAGAAUGGAUCAGAAGCGCCUCAGCCUGCCCUUGAAGAUGACACCAGACUCCCUAAGCCUGCCAAGGAUGUUGCCGCAUCUUCCUCGACAGUGUCUAUCAGCAAAACUGCCAAAUGCCGUUUCACCGAAGUUGCCCGGUGCAUGCUGGAAAUCAUUGAAGACCUCCAGAUGAAAAAGCUCCAACCGGAUUCCACAAAAGACUCUGAAACUGCCGAACCUGCCACUUCGGCAUCUGCCUCUGCUGAAAAACCAGAGACACUGAGCAAUGAUAUCGCCAACGAUUCUGCUUCUUCUUCUAAGUCCAAUAACAGUAGUGAAUGCUAUGCUUCAGCUGCAGAGUAUCAUGUCUAUGAGGAGAUAGACUAUGACUUCUUGACUAACACUGUACCUCCUCUUCCAAAGUUGCAGCAAGAGGUGCCUCCACCGUUGCCAGUUCGCCCCAAUCUGAUGGUUCUGAAGCCUGAUCUUCAGAAGAGGGUGCCAUCACCCCCGCCAAGAAAAGCACGGUGUCCAUUGAAAAGAAAUCCUGGUCCUCUUAACGAGGAUGCAACAUCUACGGAAGUAAGAAACAGGCCCAAACAAAGAGGAAAUUUAUAUUGUCUGUUUUCUGAUCAAGUAGAGCGGAGGAAUAUAUCACGAUCUUUGGAAAGGGAAUGGCGAACCAGUGGCCAUUCGGACAAUCAAGAAGAUGACUAUGGUUUCAAGAAAGAAUUUUCUUCGAUGUAAUUCUUAAUUUCAUUAUGAUUUGUAUAAGGGAAGAUUCUUACAGAACAGUCCAAAUGAAUGUGCUAAGAAUUCACCAACUGCUGAACAUGACCAAUAAAAAGUAUGAUAUAUUUAUCAGUGAGUCUUGUCGAGUUGAAUAUGCAUGAAUGAUCGAAAAGGUGGUAGAAUUGGUGAAGCUGGUUCCAGAGAUUCAUACAGCGCAGAUGGCAGAAUAUGGAAAUCUAUCAUUCCAAAAUUAAUCAGAUUAGUCAGUCCGUUAAACAGAUAUAGAAUACUGCAAAUUCACUUAACGUGGGUAUUUCAGCCAUGCAGCAAUCUCAUAGAUAGAAAGCCCGAUUCUAGAAUAUUAUUACUUUACAUAUCUUGUCGAGCAAAAAUGAAAUUGCACAAAUUUUGCUACUUGACAAGCAAUGCAUAUUCAGUUUAACUCGGCUCAUGGAUCAAUAUGUCAUAAUUUUGAUUGAUUAUAAUAAGCAAUGACUGCAUAAGUGUAUUUGAAAUUCAUCAAAGUGUACUAUAAGAAUCACCUUAUAAUUUCAAAAGUGUGUUCAUCUUUUUAUACAUUUCGACAGGGAUAUGAAAGUUCAUCUUCUAAAAAGCAACAAACGCGGGUAUUUUGUGAAUAGUUGACGCAUAUCCUCGUUUGUGCAUAGAUUUGAUAUAACUAUUGUUCUCAUUACAUAUUCGCUGUGCGAAGAUAUAAUGUUUAUAAAUAUGUUAAUUAGUAUUGUCUGUCUGUAAAGAAGCAUUUGAAGAAGACGAAUUUUUAAGUAUUCAUAAAUGUUUGAGUGUUCAGAGUUUCAUUCGAAAGAGUUUGUUAAAAAAAAUUUUAAAGCAAGUUUAUCAUUCAUUAGCAAAUUUGUCAUUUCAUAUUAUCUGAAUAGUAGUGCCUGAAAAUUAUUUGUA